CAUUCUCUCGUGUAUGAAGCCAACUCUUGUUGUAUGCAGCUUCCUGCAUAAGGGUCUUCAUCCCAAACAAUAACCAUGGCGGCCACUGAAAUAGCUAGGCAAGCGGGAGAAGGUGCUCGCGCUGUCCCUCUCGCCGGCCAUGUCGGUUUCGACAGCAUGCCUGACCAGCUGGUCAACAAGUCUGUCAACCACGGCUUUUGCUUCAACAUCCUCUGCAUUGGGGAGACGGGCCUGGGCAAGUCCACUCUCAUGGACACCCUGUUCAACACCAAGUUCGAGGGCGAACCCACCCAGCACAACCAGCCGGGCGUGCAGCUCAAGUCCAACACCUACGAGCUCCAGGAGAGCAAUGUGCGCCUCAAGCUGACCGUGGUCAACACUGUGGGCUUUGGAGACCAGAUCAACAAAGAGGACAGCUACAAGUCUAUUGUGGAGUUUAUCGACACCCAGUUUGAGGCCUAUCUGCAGGAGGAGCUGAAAAUCAAGCGCACGUUACACAGCUACCAUGACACACGCAUCCAUGCCUGUCUGUACUUCAUCGCCCCCACCGGACACUCCCUCAAGUCCCUGGACCUGGUCACUAUGAAGAAACUGGACAGCAAGGUCAACAUAAUCCCCAUCAUCGCCAAAUCAGACGCCAUCUCCAAAAGCGAGCUGACCAAGUUCAAGAUCAAGAUCACCAGUGAGCUGGUCAGCAACGGUGUUCUGAUCUACCAAUUCCCCAUCGACGAUGAGACGGUGGCAGAGAUCAACUCCACCAUGAACGCCCAUUUGCCGUUUGCCGUGGUGGGAAGCACGGAGGAAGUGAAGAUCGGCAACAAGAUGGUGAAAGCGCGGCAGUACCCCUGGGGGACGGUACAGGUGGAGAAUGAAAACCACUGUGACUUUGUGAAGCUGAGAGAGAUGCUAAUCAGGGUGAACAUGGAGGAUCUUAGAGAGCAGACUCACACCAGACACUACGAGCUCUACCGUCGCUGCAAGCUGGAGGAGAUGGGCUUCAAGGACACAGACCCCGACUGCAAACCCUUCAGUCUGCAGGAGACGUACGAGGCCAAGAGGAACGAGUUCAUGGGAGAGCUGCAGAAGAAAGAGGAAGAGAUGAGGCAGAUGUUCGUCCAGAGAGUCAAGGAAAAGGAGGCUGAGCUGAAGGAGGCCGAGAAAGAGGUUUGUCUGCACGAGAAGUUUGACCGGCUCAAGAAGCUGCACCAGGAUGAGAAGAAGAAGCUGGAGGACAAGAAGAAAUCCCUGGAUGACGAGCUCAACGGCUUCAAGCAGAAAAAGACGGCCGCUGAGCUCCUACAGUCCCAGGCUCUGCAGGCAGGGGGCUCCACCACACUCAAGAGGGACAAGGAGAGGAAAAAUUAACUCCUCCACUUGCUGCAUGCUGCAUGAGGCAUCUUGUCCUGCUUCUUUUAAUCUGUCUUGCCCACCUGUCUGAAGAGGGGAUUGCAGCUUCAACGAGAACUAAGCACCCGUUUCCUCUUCCUGUCUUUUCUCUCUGCAUCAACCUUUUUUAAACUUCUAUCUCAUCUGCUUUGUUGACCAUGGCCUAAUGUGGGCUUCACAUGGUAUUUUUUGGAUAGUUUACGUUUUGUCACCUAAUCAAGGUACACUUUGGCUAGUGGGAGUCCUUCACACUUAAUAUUAUGCAGCUCCGUCUUGGUGUAUGAAUGAACAAAGCUUUGCUCAGGAAGGAUUCUAAACGGUUGUUCAAGAGAAACACAUCUAAUCAGGUUUCAUCAUACCAAUUGUAACAGAGCCAAGGCUCUGGAUUCAUUUAUAUUUUUCACAAAACUAUCUGAAUUUCAUGAACAGUUAAUUUUAAGGAAGUCUUUGUGUAAUAACAUUCAAUCAUAUAUUACAUCCAUUUUGAGAAGGGCUGAUUCUGUUUGAAAUAACCGAUACUAUUACAAAUAACCCACCAUAUGAUUAAUGUGCUCCUCAUUCAAAGGAGGAGUUAGUUUUGAAUACAAAUAGCAUAACCCAGAUCUCAAUAAAACCAAAAUACAUUCAUUUGGUGAUUGAUAGAGCAAAGUGUGACAUCUAAACUUACAUGUGUGACUAGUAGAUACUUUUGUCAGUUAAAAACCAAAAGACAAUUGCGAUCCAAAACAGUGUUCUUUAUGUUCACUGCAUAGGUUGUUUCAUUGCAACUUAGAAGAGCCAGAGCCAUAUUCAUGUCAAGCACUUAUUUAGUGAAAACACCUUUUCCGUUCUGAAAUACCAUGUAGGUCACAUUUAAUGCCCUUUACACAUUGUGCUUUAACUACCAUCACCCUAUUCUGUAUUUUGCAUGUCUAAUGCUCUUUUAUUUCAUCACUUCUGUGAUCUUGACCUUUUGCUCCCAUAGCUGUUUUCUCACCUAACAGUUCCGUCUUGCACUAUUUCACAUUUGGUGCUCUGUAUUGUUUGGAUCAGUUUUAUCUUGUGUAUUACUCCUUGUUAUACCCUUCUCCACAAUUUUCAGCAUCCAUAUUGCCAAAUAUUACAAUGAGAUGGAGUUGAAUCCUAGGUACAGAUGGAAAUAUUUGUAUAAUUUAUAAGGAUAUAUUUUGUGUAUUGAAGUGGAGACCUGUUUAUGAGAUAUGAUCUUUGGAUGUGACUCUUCUCUCUGUGUAGUUACAUUUUGGUGUAAAAAAUUGUCAUACAUUUUUCUAGCAUCUGCCAUAAUCACCCCUCCUAGUGAAUUAUCUGUCCACACCACAAAUGAAUUAUGAAAUAUUUUAUUGUAGUUUGAUUCCAUUGAUGUACUUUUUCAAUAAAAUUAUGAAAAUAAAGGGUG